CGCCAUAUCGCAUCCGUGAACGCCCCGUGAUAUUACCGAACAGUGCUGCGUCGCCGCGUCCGAAUCGCCGACGGACGAACGGUCAGCUGUGUGUGAGUUUCAUCGACACACGCGGUCCACGACGACGACGAAGAAACGACCGGCCGAGGGCGAGCUUCAUCUUCACACAGCAUCAGCAGCAGCUCGCAGUCAACCCACGCUCGCGAUCGAAUGAGCAUCGUUCCCGGAACACUUAGUUGGCGUUUUUAUUCACCCUCCAUAUAGCAACGAGAAUGUUGAAUUGCGAUGCAUCGUAGUUUCUAGCAAAAAGGAGCAUCAAGUGUACUGCAUGGAAGUGAUCGUGUACGAGUAGAUCUAGAGUAGAUUUAAAAAAGUGUCCGCCAGUUUGAAGCUUUAAUAACCUGUCGCGUCAGUCUCGUAACUACUAUUCUUGUAACGAAAGUGAAGUGCCGAUCGAUCGUGUGUUGUGAUAGCGUAUUCUAUGAUUUUUAAAAUAAUCAGUAAUAAGAAACAGUCCGCGCGAUUAAUAGUAAACUAAUCAGUGGUGAUAAGCAAGCUGGUGUUAGUGGGUGUAUUAGUUAAAUCGAAUAAUCAGUGUUUGUAAAUAUAAUCAAGUGUUUCGAAGUGUUUCCUGGUUAAACUAGCUUGCUGGCAGUUUUUAUUUUUCCUGUUCAAUUGAAAAGUUGUACUGAUACAGUCGAACACGUCAUACAUAUCAUAUCCCUCCCGGGAGUAUCCCUUUCCGGAAGCGUGGAGAAAACCACAACAGCCAAUCAGUUAAACAGUCACCAGUCGGGAAAGAAGGACCCAUUUUUCACCACCAUGGUGCUGGUGCUGAACGGCGUCAUACAGGACGAGCGUCCGAUCAAUACCCACGCGCUGUUCUUGGAGCAUCCCGUCUACCGUGAAACGGCCACACAGCUGCUCUCGAUACCGACGAAAACGGUUGGCGCACAAGGAUUACUGUACGUGUGUCAGCGAGAGAUGGCCGCCGUUGCACCCCACGACAGGAAUGUCAACAUUAUCGGCUCGGACGAUGCAACCACAUGUAUUAUCGUGGUGGUGCGGCACUCAGGAUCCGGAGCAAUAGCGUUGGCCCAUCUGGAUGGAAGCGGUACAGAUGAGGCAGUGUCCGCGAUGGUGGCACGCGUACAGGAGCUCGCCUUUGGCUACCCCGAAGGGCGCAUCGAGCUACAGCUGAUCGGUGGCUUCAACGACCCGCAGGGCUACGCGGAAGACCUGUUCAGUAAUAUAAUGCAAUCUUUCCACAAGCAUCCGCUAGAGAUAGACCUUACUCAGUCGUGUGUUGGAGAGCUGAACACAAUUGUACGCGAGGAAAUCAACUGGCCAAUUAUCUACGGCGUCGGCGUGAACAUCAAAACGGGCGAAAUUUUUCCAGCCACAUUUCCCGACAAAGGUCCUGACCUUCCUCUUCGGAUGGCGCGGCACUUUACCGGCAGUCAUCAGGUGCUCGAUAUUUAUGACUCUGCAGUCGGGAUGCUUCGGAUUGGGCCAUUCAAUUACGACCCAUUGCGGGGAGUUGAUCUUUGGCUGGCGCAAAGUGAUGAGUUUAUUUUGAAACAUCUUUCGACCAGUCCGGAUGUGGAACCACCACACUUUGCCAUGCAGGUUCGUGCCACUCUUAGAUACAUUCAAGACAACCAGUUUCCGGCCGUCACCGUCUUCCGCAAUAAUAAUCCGCAUUACUUCCGGCGGGAUGAGACAACGGGUUGCUGGUCACCGGUGCGAUAUUGAAGAUAUAAUUAGCAAGAUUUGUCACUGAAGGAUUCACUCUGAAUGAUGUCUACGAUUCUUAAUCCCACUUGACGUUGGACCUACUUCAUUGCUAUUUUUCCUAAUUAAUCACACAACUCCUCGUUAGAUGUUUUUCUUUGCUGCCUCUGUAAAUUGUGCCUUUUGUUAAUUUCUUCUCUUUUCGUUCGCUAGUGUAAUAAAUGCACAACGCGAAUACUAAACUGAGUGACAAAUAAGAACUCGUUUGGUUUAUGCAACAGAUAGAUUGUAUCUGUUAUUUCCUAGCAAAAGAAAAAAAGAAUUAAAUAAGGUAGGAGUAAACAUGUUUUGCGGCUAGGGCCGAUUGGUUGACUGUCCACACGUGUCCACGAUCGGUAUUGUAUGCUAUGCAGAUGCCUAAUCAUUUGCAAAUUAUUUAACAGAUCGUAAAUAAAUUAAACAUAUUUCCCAUUA